UUCUCUAGUUCCCAUGCAUGGUUCCCUCACCUUAUUAUAAUCUGACACAUUUUUGAUUUUUCUUCCUUUGGGGUCUGAAACUUUGUCCCUCUCCAGAAAUGGAGAUUUCCCACUCCUUCUUCUUCUACAAUCUUCUUCUCUUGUUCAUGUUCUCUGCAGCUGUUUCAGCAGCUGAUCUUUACUCAGAGACCCUUCUGAGCUUAAAAUCUGAGCUCACAGAUGACUAUGAUAGCUUACAAGACUGGUCUGUGCCUCCUGGACAAAACCCAUCUGCGAAAAUCUAUGCCUGUUCUUGGUCUGGUGUCAAAUGCAACAGCAACAACUCCUCUGUUACCAGUCUAGACCUGUCAGUGAAGAGUCUUGCCGGUUCAAUCUCCGGAGUCAACUUCAGUGUCUUUACUGAUCUUCUUGACCUGAACCUGAGUUACAACUCAUUUUCCGGCAAGCUCCCACUGGGAAUGUUCACCCUGGCCAACUUAACAAGCUUGGACAUUAGCCGGAACAACUUCUCCGGCCAGUUCCCAGCUGGAAUCUCCGGUCUUGACAAUCUGGUUGUGUUUGAUGCAUUCAGCAACAGCUUUUCUGGGUCACUGCCUGCUGAGGUGUCUCAACUUCGGAAUCUCAAGGUCCUGAAUCUAGCUGGGAGCUACUUCAAGGGUCCAAUCCCACUAGAAUAUGGUAAUUUUCAAAGCCUUGAGUUUAUUCAUCUUGCAGGGAAUAUGCUCAGUGGGAGCAUACCACCUGAAUUGGGCAAGCUCAAAACAGUGACUCAUAUGGAGAUUGGCUACAAUUCUUACCAGGGAGGCAUCCCUUGGCAAUUGGGCAACAUGAGUCAGCUUCAGUAUCUUGAUAUUGCUUAUGCAAAUCUCUCUGAGUCUAUUCCAAGAGAGCUUGGGAAUCUCACCAAGCUUGAGUCUCUCUUUCUCUUCAGAAACCAGCUUAGUGGAUCAAUACCAGUGGAGUUCAGUAAACUUCAAUCUCUCACAAGCUUGGAUCUUUCGGAUAAUCUAAUUUCCGGGCCGAUCCCGGAUAGUCUUCUAGAGUUGAAGAACCUGAAGCUGUUGAGUCUUUUCUACAAUGAGAUGAGUGGUGCUGUUCCUGAAGGGAUUGCUGAGCUUCCUUCACUGGAGACUCUUCUUAUAUGGAACAACUACUUCUCUGGGAAUCUUCCACAGGAUUUGGGGAGGAACUCCAACCUCAUGUGGGUUGAUGUGUCUACAAACAACUUCAAUGGCAGCAUUCCAGCAGAUAUCUGUGUGAAAGGUGUGCUCUUUAAGCUGAUGCUGUUUUCGAAUAAUUUUAGUGGCAGUCUUGUACCAUCUCUGUCCAAUUGUUCUUCCCUUGUUCGUCUUCGGCUUGAAGAUAACUCAUUCUCAGGUGAGAUCCCUUUGAAAUUCAGCAACUUUCGUGAUCUUUCAUAUAUAGACUUGUCCGAGAAUAAACUUACUGGUGGGAUUCCAAUAGAUAUAGACCAAGCUCCCAAGCUUGAGUACUUUAAUGUGUCCAAUAAUCCAGAAUUAGGGGGCACAAUUCCUGCACAAACAUGGUCUUUGCCAGUUCUUCAGAAUUUCUCAGCUUCCUCGUGUAGUAUCGUAGGCAAUCUUCCGGCAUUUGGAAGCUGUAAAUCCAUAUCUGUUAUUGAAUUGAACAUGAACAGUUUAUCAGGGGGUGUUCCAGACAGUGUUUCUAGCUGCCGAGCUCUUGAGAGAUUUGGUUUGGCCAACAAUAACUUAUCAGGUCAUAUACCUGAGGAGCUUGCAAGUCUUCCUGCUCUGCGUGUCCUAGACCUAUCACAUAAUAGUUUGGAUGGACCAAUACCUUCAAAGUUUGGUUCUUCUUCAAGCUUAUCACUUCUGAAUGUGUCUUUCAAUGAUAUUUCUGGGACAAUUCCCUCUGGAAAGGUAGUGAAAACUAUGGGAAGUAGCGCAUUCGUUGGAAAUCCAAAGCUAUGUGGAGAACCUUUGAGAUCAUGUCCCGGUUCAGUGGCUAUCUUCGGAAGCAGAGGCACCGGGAAGCUUAUAUGGGUCUUGCUACUGUGUGCAGGCAUAGUUACGUUCCUUGCUCUGUCAGCUCUAGGAGUACUUUAUUUUUAUAAAGGCAGCAAAGGCCAAUGGAAGAUGGUCUCAUUUGCUGGACUCCCUCAAUUCACAGCAAGCGAUGUAUUGAAGAGCUUCAGUUCCAUAGAAUCCAUGGAUGAUGCAUUGUCCCCGACAUCAGCAUCAGUAUGCAAAGCGGUUCUGCCAACAGGAAUCACAGUUUCAGUGAAGAAGUUUGAAUGCGAUCCGAAGAUAGUGAAAGUUAUGUUGCCAUUCAUAACCCGAAUUGGGAGUGCAAGGCAUAAGAAUCUAAUCCGAUUGCUCGGAUUUUGCUACAACAAGCAUCUGGUUUAUCUCUUGUACGAUUACUUGCCCAACGGAAGUUUAUCAGAAAAUAUAAGAGUGAAAAGGGAAUGGGCAGCUAAGUACAAAAUUGUGGUGAGCAUUGCAAGGGGAUUGUGCUUCCUUCACCAUGAAUGUCAUCCUGCAAUUGGUCAUGGAGACUUGAGAUCAAGUAAUAUAAUGUUUGACGAAAACAUGGAACCGCAUCUGACAGAAUUCGGAUUCAAGCAUCUGCUGGAGUUGAACAAAACUUCAGGUACUGCAGAGACCUCCACCAUGGAUACAGGUGCUGCAAACAGUUCUGUAGAAGAGGAGCUAUACAGAGACGUUUACAGCUUCGGGGAGAUCAUGCUCGAAAUUUUAUCCAACGGCAGGUUGACAAAUUCAGGAGCAAGCUUACAUAGCAAGUCGAGGGAAAGUGUUCUCAGAGAAAUAAUCAAUGAGAAUGAAGUUGGUUCUAACACUUCAGUGCAACAGGAGAUAAAAAGGGUGCUCGAGGUAGCUACGCUCUGCACUAGGAGCCGACCAUCUGAUCGACCAUCAAUGGAGGAUACAUUAAAGCUUUUACAGGCUCGAUAAGCCACAACCCGACUUCUGAAGCAGCAGGUUUAUGAUUUUUGAUCCAGAUUACCAAUGAUAACGUAUACUUUAUAGCUGAUAAGAGUGGCAGUUUGUGUAGUUUCAUAGCUUUGCUUUCCAUAUAAGAGCAUUAGAAAUGUUUGUGCUGUAUAAUAGUCCCCAUAUAUAUAAUAUAAGCUUGCGUACCCUCUAA